GAUAAAACAAGAAUACAAGUCUGAUCUCCGGGCGUCUUGUUUUCUGGAAAAGCAAGAAGCUCCUGUAGCUGCACCCGUGUCCAGACAAGCAAUGAUCCUCAAGCGAACGUCGUUACGGCAAUGAUGGCGCAUUACACCAUGCUCCUUGAGAUCCCUCGCGAGGUGCGAGACCAGAUUCUGUUUCAUGUGUUCUUUGACGCAACCGGUGCAGAAGCCAUCGAGGCUGUUACCAUCAACAAUCGAUGUAGACAGGUCGUUACGGCGUAUCCGAAAGAGCAUGGCUGCGAAUCACUUCCAAAGCACCUGCGAUCCGGCCACGCACCCGCACAGGGAUUUGACGUGUCAGUCCUUCGUACUUGUCGUCAACUUCAGCACGAAGGUGAGGAGGUGCUGUACUCGAACUUGAAGUUCGAUCUUUGGGCGUACAGGUACGACUACGAUGCCCGUCGUAAGCUCCUUGAGAAAAUCGGCCCUGCAAAUCAAGCCAGACUGAGGCAUCUUCGAAUCUCCGGCCUCAAUCUUGCAGACGUCUUCGACUCUCAUAUGCCUUUGUGUGAGUGGAGAUACCUCACCAAGUUCAUCGCGACCAACUGUCCAUUGCUUCAGAGUCUGGAGUUGCAGGUGUCGGCAGAUGAGCCGUUCGAUGCGGAGCACCCGUGGAGUACGACUACACUCUCUGGGCCAUGGAUACAAGCUCUUCUGCAGAUCAAGGGCAUCAAAGAGUUGAGAUUCUCUGUAGAGUCUAAGCAACGACCUGACGACGUCAUGUUUGAGGUGUCUUCGCAGUCUUCGUCACCUGAUGACGAUCUUUGCGACCAUUUCCGAGACACUACUGCGUGGCUAAAGAAAAAAAUGACUGAAGACAGGGACGAAGCCGCCUCCGAGGAAUCGUCUUCGCCAGCAGCACCUUUCGACUUCACCAGCCUGCCACAGAAGAUUCAAAAGCUAAUUAUCCGCCACGCCGUCCUGCCAGAGGAUAAGGUGAUCCACACCUGUCUGCCCUUACAGAUCACGGCAAAUUCAAGCAACAUUCUGUCCUUCUUGUUAAGCUGCCGCUCGGUCUCGCUGCUCACCGAGGAAGUCAUAUAUCAGGAAGCCCUCUUCUCCUGCUGCAAUAGUAGAUUCAAGCAUCGGUUCAAGGAGUUUCUUCGCCGACGCAGCCCUCGACAGCGGCAACUAAUGAGACAAUUCUUCUGUGCGGAACUGGACCCGUGGGCAGAUCGCAGCUUUUUCUCCUUCAGACGAACCAAGUUCCCCAACUUGGUGGACUGGAACGAGCGAGGCGGUUUUCGGUGGUGGAGCAGUCAUCACCCGUGCUUCAGCGUCUGUCAAAAUGCACUAGAAUCCUAGCGACUCAUGUACUACUAUUCUAGGUACAUAAUAUCAACCGAUGUAACUA